AUGGAAAGUUUAGAUUUGAAUGCCUCAGUAAAAUCUGAUGUGACUGUUUCUAGAAGUUCAAGUCUAAUAGCUAAUUUUAAACUAGAUGAAGAUAUUGAUGCAGAAACAAAAGAUUUGUUUAUUGUUGUUGACGACCCAGAAAAACAUACUAGUACCCUUGAAUCUUAUAUUACAUUCAGAGUUACUACUAAGACCAAUAGAAGUGAAUUUGAAGGUUGUGAAUUAAGUGUAAGAAGAAGAUAUAAUGAUUUCUUAUGGUUAAGACAAAGAUUAGAGGAGUCAUAUUGUACACAUUUAGUACCACCAUUACCAGCUAAACACAGUUUAAAGAGAUUGGAUAGAUUUAGUAAUGAGUUUCUACGAAUCAGACAAGCUGCUCUACAGAAGUUUUUAACACGUCUGGCUGACCAUCCUGUCUUAUCAUUCGACAGAAAUCUUCAUGUAUUUCUUACCGCUAAAGCAUGGGAAUUCCAAUCCCACAAGAAACAGGGUUCUGGUAUACUGUCUAGAGUUACAGAUUCUUUACAUAAUAUGGGAGCAUCUUACAUGAUGAAAAAUAGACCACCAGAGUUUGUCAUCAUGCAUGACUAUACUCAAACAUUUGGUGAAAAAUUAGGAGUUAUGGACCGUAUUUCUCAAAGAAUUCUUAAAGAGGCAACAGAUUACUUAACAGAGAUCAAUGAGUGGGCGCCAUGUUUUACAUUGUGGGCUAAUUCUGAAGAUAAUUUAAAACCAACAUUAUUAGCUAUGUCUAAAACUGUAGAAGACUGUGCCAAAGAACUCAAAGAUAUGUUGGAUUGCACUGAUGAUAAUUUUGCUCAGCCAUUAAAAGAAUAUGUAUUGUAUACAGAGGCUGUGAAGGGUGUUUUAAGAAGAAGAGAUGCCAUGCAGAUGGAAUAUGAUAUGAUAGUAGAAGAAUUAGGGAAGAAAAAAGAAGAGAGAGAACAGUUAACUCAACAAAUGGACAUGUUAAAUGAUAGAAUGGUGGUAGCUAAUGCUGAUUUAAAGGCUGAUAUGGAUAGAUGGCAUAUUAAUAAACAAAGAGAUAUGAAAGACAUAUUUCUCAAUAUGGCUGAUAGAAACAUACAGUAUUAUGAAAAGUGUUUAGAGAAGUGGGAAGCUAUGGUAUGUAAUAUCCAAGUUAAAGAAGAAAAACAAGAAACAUCAGUCGUUACUGAGGAUGGAUUGAUAGUGUCCAAUUCCACAUAG